AUGCAAGGUACAAAAGUGUUUAGUGAAGGCCGUGAUAACGAAUCUUCUGAUAGUGACGUGAUUAUGCCAGUUGCAAAACGAAUAAGGCAUAUGAUUAUAGAUGAUAGUAGUGAAGAGGAAGUUUGGAAGUAUUCUGAACAUCAUGGAAUAAAGGCGUCUGUCUUAAAUAAUUUAAGCGACAAUCCAACAAUACUAGACCUAUUCUUUAUUACAUUUGAUAAGAAAUUUUGGGAAAGCCUCGUUACGGAAACAAAUCGCUUCGCAGAUCAAACAAUACACGACGAGCGAAAAAAACGAUGUGUAGACGACACUUGGCAUCCUGUCACUUUAGACGAAAUCAAGGCCUAUUUUGCACUGUGUAUUUUGAUGGGUCAAGUAAAAAAAUCAAGUAUUCAACUUUACUGGACUAAAAGAGCUGUAUUAGAAACGCGAAUAUUUAGAGAAACGAUGCCAUUUAAGAGAUUUCGUCAAAUUUCGAGAUUUUUACAUUUCUCCGAUAAUGAAACUGGUGAUAGUAAAGACCGACUUCGCAAGAUAAGAUCGGUCAUUGAUUUUUGGAAUAAAAAAUUUAAAGAAAUUUACACACCCAAUGAAUAUGUUAGCAUAGAUGAAUCCUUGAUGAAAUAUAAAGGACGUUUAGGGUACAAACAAUUCAAUCCGUCAAAAAGAGCUCGGUUUGGAAUAAAAAUUUACAAAUUGUGCGAGGCAACUACCGGUUUCUGCCAUGGAUUUAAAAUAUAUACCGGCCAGGACAGAACUAAUCGACACGAGAGUGCGUCGGAGAAUGUUGUUAUCGAAUUGUCAAAAUCUAUAAUAAACAAAGGGUACACUUUAUUCCUGGAUAACUGGUACUCUUCGCCUAACCUGUUUCUAAAAUUACACCGUCAAAAGACAAACGUUAUCGGGACGGUACGAAAGAACAGAAAAAAUAUGCCACAAGACAUGCAAAAACAUAUUUUGAAGAAAGGAGAAUUCGUGUGGAGAUGUUGCAAUAAUUUGAUAGCUUUGCGAUGGAAGGACAAGCGCGACGUUUAUAUGCUCUCCAAAAAACACAAAACAGUAGAGAUGGUCGAGCAAUCAAACAAACAGUUACAGAAAGUAAUGAAGCGUAUGGGAGCAGUUGACCAUCAAGAUCAAAUGUUAGCCUGUUUCCCAAUAAUGAGAAAAGUCAUGAAAGGAUAUAGAAAACUUUUCUUUUACAUAUCAGAUAUGGCUCUAUUCAAUACCUAUAUUAUGCAGAAAACAAUUUACAGUCGAAAUCGGCAGACUUAUGUUGAUUACCGUAUAGAUAUAGCGGAGGCAAUUUUGCAAAUUGUUAAAUUACCGGACUACAAAAUGCGUGGAAAACCAUCAGCUGAAACGCCCCUUCGACUCCAAGCCCAAUAUUGGGCUCAUUUCCCCAAAAAUAUAGAUCCGACACCUCGAAAUAAGCAUCCAACAAGAAUGUGCAAAGUCUGUUACAAACGUAAAAUACGAAGCGCAACGAAGUGGGAAUGCUCGAAAUGCCAAGUGGCUUUACAUCUGCCGGAAUGUUUUAAGACAUAUCAUACCGUGGAGGAUUUGUAG